CCCGUGCUUUCCCCUCCUUCCCGGCAUUUCUGUUUCCGCUUUCUGAAGGCUCUUUAGUUUUCCCACCUCUGUGAGACACUUCGCGCCCAGUGGUCCAGUGACGUCAUUUUUCUGCGCUGCGUGGACAACCACCGUUGGGAGAGGGAACUGCUUUGCCGCCCCUCGCUGCUUUCCUCGGGCUGCUGCUCAUCCGGAAUAAUGGCGCUGUCACUGUGGAAGGGGCUGGUAGGCAUUGGCCUCUUUGCCCUAGCACACGCGGCCUUUUCUGCUGCUCAGCAUCGUUCUUAUAUGCGAUUAACGGAAAAGGAAGAUGAAUCACUGCCAAUAGAUAUAGUUCUUCAGACACUUCUGGCCUUUGCGGUUACCUGUUAUGGUAUAGUUCAUAUUGCAGGGGAGUUUAAAGACAUGGAUGCCACUUCAGAACUAAAAAAUAAGACAUUUGACACAUUAAGGAAUCAUCCAUCAUUUUAUGUAUUUAAUCAUCGUGGUAGAGUACUGUUUCGGCCUUCAGAUACAACAAAUUCUUCAAAUCAAGAUGCAUUGUCCUCUAAUACAUCGUUGAAGUUACGAAAACUUGAAUCCCUGCGUCGUUAAGAUUUUUACAAAUCAUAACAGUACAGGACACAGAGUUGGAAUAUUGGAGUUUGGAGUAUAAAACACUCCCCCCAUAAGUAUUUAUAUUGAUCUUUUAGAUCUAACUAAAACAAGUCUGUGGCCCUUGUUUGUACACUGUAAUCAAAUUAUUUUUUUUGGAGAAUUUCAAGAUUUAUUUAUUUUUUUAAUUGAAUUUAUUGGGGUGACA